CACGUUUGCUUGUUGUGGUCAGCUGAAUACUGAACAUUUCUUCGAGAGCGCUCAACCUGCGUCAACUUCUUCUAAUUGUUACACUCAAGUAUCCUUGCUGCCAUUUGAGCUUAAAAUUCAAUUCUUUUACACGCUCUCGAAGGUGUGUCGAUUAUCGAAAUGUAAAAGAGAUUUAAAUAUCAUUCUCACUUGGUUUGAGUGAGAAAAACUUUGUCUUUUAGAAAAGUUGUUAAGAACAAAUCAAAUUGUGAUGGCGUAGGCAGAAAUUGUUGACUUAGUCAAUCAAAGAGCUUUCAUGUUCAGUGGUCUCUAGCUUUACAAUGAAUCCGAUUUUAUCACAGGAUGUUCAAAAAGUUGAAAAUGCAAUGAGGAUUUCGCGGCGCAAGGUCGCUUGGACUGCAAAUGAUGGGCAAUGUCGCAAACUUGUUGGACUUUCCGCUAUGCGAGUGUACCUGACAAUUUGCGUCGUUUUCACUGCUGUUUUUUCGGUUCUUUGUGUGAAGCUUUUAUCUGAUUCCCUCUCAAUUCAAAGACUAACUAAUGUUUUGCUGGGACCUUACGACGAAGCUAUUCAUCGCGCUGAAGAUUUAGGAUUACUUGGUAAAAUACUGCACGAUGAAAAAGUUCUUGGAGAUAAAAUAGAAAUGCUAUCGGGAUGGGCUAAUAAUUCUGGGUGUAUCCCUGGAGAUGGGCUGCUGUUCAAAAAUAAAUGUUACAUACUUACAAGAACCAAAAUGUCCUACGAGAGUGUUAAAAAACACUGCAAGUUACGUGAUGGUAACGUUGCUUUUGCUCAAAACGAAGAAGUAUGGUUCAAAAUAUUGGAAUAUUUAUGGUCAGUAGGAUUCAACUAUGCGAGUCAGUUAUGGAUGGGAUUAGAGAAGAAUUCGUCAGAUGGAAUUUGGUACUAUUCUAACGGAGAGGUUGCAUCGUUUACGAAAUGGGCGAAAGGAAACAUAUUUGAUGAAGGUUUCGAUUGUGCACAAAUCCGUACCGAUGUCAGAGAAAAGGCUGGAUUGUACGACAGACGUUGCUCAGAUUCCGAAUUGGCAAUGUGCAUGUUUCGUGUGGAUUAGCUUAAAUAGGUGUUAUUCCAUAGGGCUGGGCAUUUCGAAUUGAAAGUAAAUUAUUCGAAUCGGUUCAAAUCAAAAUUUCGAAUCUUAAUUCCCCAAUUUUUGUUACUGAAGCCAUAUUUUUUCAACGCAAUUCUGAUAUAUGAC